AUCCGGUUCUCCUCUCGCGAAAUUUGAUAAUCGUGAUGACAUUUUUGUUGUAGACAUCGAAGGUGUCCAUUAUAUUUGCCAAAUGCAAAAGGGGUUUGUGGUUUGUGUGUGAAGUAAAAAGUUCAUAAUGGGUGAAUAAACUGCAUAUCUUGUUGUUUUAAGCGUAUACGUACAUUUUAUCGCAGAGUUUAAUUCAGUUUUUUACAGUCACUAUGUCUAGCCACAACAAUGUGUGAAGUGUGCUCUGACUUUUCACAACUUCUGAGUUCUCUCAAAGAAAAGAAUGUUCAUCCAAACGAAACCCUAGCUCUAAGUAAGCAGGAUGUACAGGUUGUCAUCAACUUUAUUCAACAAUGGAUGCAAAGGCAGUGUAUAUGCUGUUUUCGCGAUCCAAAACAUUACGAUAUUUUUCAUUCGCUAACUCAAAGCAUAGUACUAUUAACCAUUAAUUUGAUGAAAUGUUAUUCGGGCGAUGAGGUGAUUAAAAUUAGCAAGAAUGUCGAGAAAGAAGGCUAUGAAAGCAAAGUUUUUGAAGACAUUGAUAUGGAGGAUCAAAAGGACACUGAAGAAGAUACCACCAGCAAAAAAGAUGAGCCAGCAGAUAAAAAACUAGAUGAAUGGACCAUAGCAGAUCUCGAGAAGCUUUUGCAUUUCCUAACCAAAGUGUUCCUGCUGAAUUUUCCUCUCUAUAUGGCCUGCAAGCAAGAGAAUGUCCACUCCAAGGGUGAUAUCAUAACAUCCGAUGAGGCCAACAACCUCAGCACGUUUUGCGAUCUCCAUGAUCUUGAAGUUCCAGUCUACCUUUUGCGAAAUGUGUCUUUAUUCUCCAGAGCGGGAGGUGUUCAAGCAAUGACGUACUGUUUUGGCUACCAGUCCUUGCCCAUUCCUGUCGCUCAUGCCAUGAUAUCGGUUGUCUGCAAUCUGAAGCUGUGGCUGAAUUAUCGCACAAUCGUUCAGUUGUUUGUUCCACUACGUGCAAGCGUCCUACGGUAUAUGUGUCUGAGUAUGUCAGACAAGCAGUUGCGAACACCCGGAAUUAAGUCAAUGGCAGAUUUUAUGUGGACUGCAGUGAAGGAUCCUAUGGACACGCCGCUCACUUUUGACAGAGAGGGUCUUGAUUUGGCAUUCAAGUAUUUCACAUCGUCAACAUUGACUAUGAGGCUGGCAGGAAUCGCUCAGAUCAACACCCACAUAAACAUGUACACGGAGCUUAUGAACUCAUCCUCGUGUCGCCAGAGCACCUGCGGCAACAAUAACAAUAGCAGCUACAAUGAUAUUGGUCACAGUUUGGCAGUAUGGCUCAUCGAAAAUGAUAUCGUCUCGCAUAUUUUCGGACCGAAUUUACAUGUAGAGGUAAUCAAGCAAAGUCACAUAAUCCUAAACUUCCUCGCUAUGGAGUGUAAACUAACAAAUGAUCACAUCGAUAUAAUAUGGCAAGCUGCGCAAUUAAAGCACUGCUCAAAGCAAGUGCUCGACCUUCUUCCUCCACUGAUCAACAACAUGGAAGUAACGCCAGUUCUCCAUCUUUACAACCUCCUCUGUCAACUGUCGCCCAAAAAUCAUACUGAACAAACACUCUACCUAGCCUCUGGUAUCAUUAAAUUCAUCUGGACAAACUGUGGUGUUUAUUCGGCGAAUAUCGGUCCCAUCUGGAAGCAUCUGUCUGUGAUCCAAAAACGUGCGCAUGAUCUGAGCAGUCCAGAUCACAGCCCUUGCCACACUCAGUCAGACGAUGAACCAGUUACAAUCUCUGAUGCGCAUUUGGGCCCACCAAACAACUUGAGGCCUAAACCGUGUAAAAGGCGCAAAGCUGUCAAGCCUAAGUCGAACUCUCGGCAGCGGUCAAUGAUAGAAAAUGCUGGAAAUGAUUCGAGUGAUGAAAGUGUCAAACUGGAAGAAUUUGACAAAAGCGAAGUGGAAAAUGUGAAAAAACUACCGCGGCCAUUUUUAGAAGCAGCUAAACUCCUCCCGAAAAAGAAUUUGUUGAAAUCCAAGCACCGUGAAAGCGUCGUGGAGGUGGUAGGGAUGAGUGAUGAUGACUGCGAUAGAAUGAGCACGAAGCUGCAGCCGCGUAUGAAGCAAAAGAAACCAGUGAAGCAGAGAGUGACGGAGGGCGAGGGCGAGGAGUCAGAUGAGUCCGAGGAAGUGGAGCAGGAAGAUGAAGAAGAUAGCGACUCUGAUGAGGAUGACGAUGAUGAUGACGAUGAGAGUAGCGAUGAGAUGGAGCACUACAAUCCUGUUCCUAUGAAGGAGGGUAGCCCAUUGUCCGAUCACCAAGUCCCGGACAUUAUGUUGCGGCAAGGAAACUCGGCUGAAAUUCUAGAGUUGGUCUCGUCAGGAGUGCGGCUGUCUCAACAGAAAAAGAAGUUUCCUCAACAGAAAUCCCUUGCAAAUUCACCAGAGAGGAACCUGAAUGUGAUGUCAGAGCUGGCAAGCUUAGUCCAAGGACCUCCUCUCCUGCCCUUUUCACUAUCCGAAGGGCGGAGUUUGGAUCCUGCUGAUUUCCCACCGAGGGAACUUGUAGAAGAAACACUGAGUGGUGACGAAAACGGAAGCUUAUCUUCACAAGUCAGCAACAAGUCUGAAAAGAAUAUGGGUGAUUUUGAUGGUGAUGAUGACUCGGUUUGUGAUGAUGAAAUUGACUUCACGACCCGAGCACAGAUUUGUGAGCAAGCACUGCGGAGGCACAAUGUCCUGGACCAGAUGGUUUAUCCUCAUCAGCAGCUACCCAACAGGCCUGACGCAAUGUCAUUCCUCCAUGGCAACCCGAACAACAAAAUCAUCCUACCGAGGGAUGACUCCGUCAAGUUCCAUUUAGAGGAUGUGUGUAAGCCAGGGAGCACUUUGCUGUGGGAUCUACUGCAAGACGAUAAAAUUGUCCAUCUGGGUGAAGGCCUAGCUUUAGAAGCUGAGAAGGCACUAUGCAACCUAGUUUGUUACAAUACUGAAAAGUUAAUUCGAAUGAAAUUCAUUGAAGGCUGUCUAGAAAAUCUAGAAGCCAACAGGUCGGUUGUGAUAUCUCUACGCUUAUUACCAAAGUUAUUUGCAUCUUUCACCCACUCGAGAGGUGCAAACCCCUUAUCCUCCAACACAAUAGUUUUGUGGGCUCUGCGCAACCAUGCUCUAUUUGAUAAGUUCUUCAAUAAUCUGAUCACAUACACACAAGCACGCAAAAAACAAAAAGAACAGCAAGCAACUCAGCCAGACCCUCCUCCUUUCUACUCUCACACUGUCCAUGUCCAAGUUCGACUACAGUUCCUCACUCAUGCAUUUUCCUCAUUGUGUCUACCGCGAUUUAUCAGAUUAAGUAUAGAACAAAUAGAUAUUCUUUGGAAUUGGCUAGCAACAGAUGAAGAGUGCUCCGAUGAACUUUUCAACUGGUUACUGAAGCAGUUCCGAAUGAAAGAUCCUGCGGAUUCCCACGCUUUGUCUUACGAAACACUCCUCCAUCUCUACACAAAUAAGUUGCCAACUUUAAGUCCGUACACUAUAUCGAUGACUGCAUUGAGGCUAUACCAGCAUUUGUGCGAUCUAAUGACUUCACCAAACCACCCAGACAGAGCAUUCAGUGAUAAGCAAGAAGGCUCAACAAGUACUAAAAGCAGUGAUGCUGUUGCCUUAACCCACAUUUGGAAAAUUGCUCUAAGAGCUUAUAAUACAGAUGUAAGCAUGGCAGCCAUUCAGUAUUUGAAUAAUUACUACAUGGUGAGCAGACAACUCUCUAGAGAAGAGGAAUUUAUCAAUAACUGCAUGUCUCAUUUGAGUGAGGCAACUUCAGAUUUAAGGAGUAAUGAAGAAUCUAGUCUGCAAUGCAUCCAGCGUGCAUUGCUUCUAUUAAUGACUCAUCUCGGAACUUUCAGAAAAAGAUAUGCGUAUCAUCUAAGAAGAUGGUAUCUAGAAGGUUGUAAUGUGAGUAACCAAAUUAUCGGCAAGGAUUCGAUGCCGUUAAAAAUUGUUGUUCAAUGUGCUGGGAGCACAGAGAAAAUCACUCUUCACCUAUUCUCAACCGACUACGUUGCAGAACUUAGGGCAGAAAUAGGGAAGAUUUGGCAGUGUGUGAUGUCAUCAAAUGACAAUAGUGAUAAAAAUAGCUCAUCAAAUAUAGAUGGUUUGAUUCGAAUGAUUACCCAAGGUCAAGAACUUACCACUGAUUUUGAUGAGAAAACCUUGCAAGAUGUUGGCUUUAAAGAUGGUCAAAUGCUCUUCAUCUCUCUUGGAAACAGCCGAUGUAAGAAAAGGUCGGAUGUUGACGGAAACACUUUUCUUACAGCAUCAUCGAAUUUACCCCCUCCGCCCAAAGAUUGUCUUCCUACACUGUUACUUCUUUUGCCGCAUAAUUUCGAACAACUGUUUCAACUGAUGGAGACUCUAAGUCGAAUGAAAACAACUGUCAAAGGCGGUCACCAUAUGCCUCACACGAAAGCUCAAGUAUUAUCACGGAGAGUUUGGGAUAUAUUGAUGCUUAUCCCAACCAACCCAACUCUUUUAUCAGGUUUCCAAAACCUUGAAUCAAGGUCUGCGGAUGAUACUACAUCAAAUGAUAUCCGUCUGACCCAACUUCUCGACCCAGCUAGUCCCCAUAAGCUUAUGUAUUCACUUCGGAUCGUCGAAUCUCUUUGUCAUCCUCAGCUCAUCAACACCAAACAUCAUACUCACAAUGAAGAUGAGAAUCAGAAUAGCUCAGUCAAUUGGAGUGGCAUUUUUGUCCGUUCUGGGGGAUUGCGACAAUUAUUUGAUAUUUUCAUGUCAGGUGUGCUAUUGGAUGAAAAAUGCAACGAGUGGCAACAAGACUGUCUAGCCCAGUUACUCAAGCUGAUCUGUCAGUUGAGCAUGGCUGACAGUGACGAAGGUCACUACAACAUACCAUCUUUAUCGCAGGAGAACACUCCAAACAUUUUGCGGCAUCGACGGAAACGGUGCAACAAAAACAUGGAGAAAGUAGUCAUUCCCAAGUUGAACGAUGAAAUGUUGUCCAUGAUGAACGUGGAAACUGUGAUGCCGUAUCUGAUCAAAAUUUUGUACCAGGUGUCCUCACCAAGAGACCCCAACUAUUACAGGACGGGGUUCUGGGGAAGAGCUCAGGUUAUUCACUAUGCUAUGGCUCUAUUGGUGUCCUGGUCUCAUAGCGUGCCAUUCGUUAAGACUGCUCUUUUGCAGACGGAAAGUUUUGAUGCCUUAAUCCAACGUCUAGUCCUUGAAGAACCAGAGCCUGAUGUUAGGCGGGAAAUUUGUACGACCCUUUACCACUUGAAUUUACCAUCAGAAAUUUUGACUUUGUUGCUGUGUCAUUUGGAUAACGCCAUGACUCUAUGUCCACCACGUGGCUAUAGACAUGAGGGUAUCCACUCUCCAAUGGUGGAAGAAAGCAACAAAGAACCCUAUGGAUCAUCAUGUAGAGAUUACUUUUGGUUAUUAUGCCGUCUUGUUGAUAGUCUACCUGCAGACGUUAUCAAAGAAGAGAGCACCAAAGAUGGACAGCACAGUUUUGCUGAUCUAGCAGAGAAAGUGGCUAAAUUGUUAUACUCAAGAGAAUUCUUCGAACAAAGACACGAAAACUUUGAAGAUGAUUGUCUCAUAGGUCUAUUGAAUCUGAUGUCUCACAUUCUGAAACAUGAUCCUCCAUUCAAAACUUCUGCUAAUGGCUUGGGUCUUAUUGACCAGCUCUUUGAUUUCUUAUUUGCGCUUCCGGAUGCCAAAAAUCGGCAUGUUCCAAAGUGCAAAAUGCAGCAUACCAGAUCAUGUGCCUUUGAUUGUCUCGUAGAAAUGGUUAAAUCCUCGCCUAGUAACUACAAACACUUACACUCAAAACUUCUCGUUCAUCAUCAGCCAGGUCCUCAUUCUCCAUAUCCUUGGGAUUAUUGGCCGCACGAGGAAUCAAGAUCAGAAUGCGGGUAUGUGGGUCUGACGAAUUUAGGUGCAACGUGUUAUUUAGCAUCCUGUAUUCAGCAUUUAUUCAUGAUUCCGCAAGCUAGAGAAUCAAUUUUGAGCGUCAAUAUAACUGAUGAAACCAAACACUCGCAGACGUUGUAUGAACUUCAGCGUAUGUUUGCAUAUCUAUUGGAAAGUGAGAGGAAAUCGUACGAUCCACGAAGCUUUUGCCGAGUGUACACUAUGUACCAUCAGCCGUUAAAUACAGGUGAACAAAAGGAUAUGGCCGAGUUUUUCAUUGACCUGGUCUCAAAACUGGAGGAGAUGGAUUCAGACUUAAAAUCCAUGGUGAAAACUCUGUUCGGUGGUGUCAUCAGUAACAAUGUUGUUUCCUUGGAUUGCGAGCAUGUAAGUUGCACGUUAGAAGAAUUCUACACGGUGCGUUGUCAAGUGGCCGAUAUGAGGAACUUGUACGCUAGUCUCGAUGAAGUUACGCUCAAAGAUACUCUAGAGGGUGACAACAUGUACACAUGUUCUCAAUGCGGAAGAAAAGUUAGAGCUGAAAAACGAGCCUGCUUCAAAAAACUACCCCAAAUUUUAUGCUUCAACACCAUGCGAUACACUUUCAACAUGGUGACCAUGUUGAAAGAAAAAGUAAAUACCCAUUUUUCAUUCCCAAUGCGGCUAGACAUGUCAGGGUAUGUGGAAAAGUAUCUCAUGCCUCAACAGUAUCAAGAAGAACACAAACAAAAAGAUGGAGAAGAAGAUAAUGAAUCAAGCAAGAAGAAAGAAAACUACGAAUAUGAGCUAAUAGGAAUAACAGUACAUACAGGCUCAGCAGAUAGCGGUCAUUACUACUGCUUCAUUCGUGAUCGAGAAAACAAAUCCUCGUCGCAAUUCUCUUCACCUAGCAAAAGUGAUAGGAACUCUGGGAGUAGUGACAAAUGGUACCUAUUCAAUGAUGCGGAAGUCAAGCAUUUCAACCCUAAUCAAAUAGCAGCUGAAUGUUUUGGUGGUGAAAUGAUGAGCAAAACAUACGACACAGUCACAGACAAAUUCAUGGACCUUAGUUUUGAGAAAACUAAUUCAGCUUACAUGCUGUUCUAUGAGCUUACCUCAGAAGAAACGUUAGAGGAGAGAGAAAAGAAUGAAAAAGAUGGCCUGGAAGGGAAUUCAAAAGAGAUAGAUGCGUCACCGAAUUCAUCAGCACAUGUGUCAGAGUCACCAAAACCAAUUGAUUCCCAUGUAUCAAACAUAAAGCUGAGCGCAGAUCUUGAGAACUGGAUCUGGGAAGACAACCGCAAAUUCUUGCAUGACAAGAAUAUUUUUGAGCACACCUACUUCCAAUUUAUGUGGCAAAUCUGUGGGUACAUACCGCAAACCAUGGAGAAUCCUCAGGAACUGACUGAAAUUGCCACGCAACUCUCAACAUCUUUCAUUCUAGAAACAUUCAUUCAUGCGAAAGAAAAGCCAACCAUGGUCCAAUGGGUGGAGUUGCUCACGAAACAGUUUGAUACUUCUUCGAAAGCAUGUCAGUGGUUCUUGACGUACAUGUCAGAAACCAAAUGGUGGCCGAUACAAAUACUGAUCAAAUGUAACAAUCAGAUGGUGCGACAAAUGUUCCAGAGGCUGUGCAUUCAUGUCAUCAAUAGGCUGAAGCAGUCCACUUCAAAUUACAAAUCACGACUUUUACUGGCUAGUGAUAGAGCAGCAGAGCAGGAUAAAAAGUCUGAGCAAGGUAGUGAAGAAAACGAAGAGGAAGAUUACCUUCUCUGUAUCAAAAAAUUCAUAGCUUCGCUUGUAUCGCUGAUUGAAAAAGACUCGAUGACUAAACUCUCGUCGCUUUCCAUGGCCAAUGAUAAAGGCGACUCAAGUAAACAACAGCAGCCACCCCCACCGGCCAUGCCCCACAUCUUGAAUCAGCUUCCCACCGCUAACAACGUCACCGAAUUCUAUUCUUUGUUGUACGAUAUCAGCAAGCAGGAGCCAGCUUUUUCGUCCUACCUGCUCCAGCUGAAUACGAUAUCUGUCGUAGUGCUCAAUUUCCACUUAUUACUGUCUAAGUUCAACAAUAAAAGUGUCCCGACGCCAUCCGGUGUAACGAGGGGUGACCCUGUUGAGGUUGUUAGCGAUGAAGAUGACGAUGAUGAUGAUGAUAUGUUGGCGACAACGAGCGACAAGUACAGGCCAACAUCUUUGGAUAAGAUGGUUACGCUGGUAGCAUCGUUAGUCGAGAAGUCUUACGGUCCUGAUCAGAGGCUUCAUCUUUCCCCAGAAGAUUAUGCAGCUUUAGUAGGAGGCAAAGGUUUUCCUUUCUUAUGUCAGCAAAUCAAGGAGUCAAUCAACCCUCAUCAGACUCGAAAUUUAAUAUUUUCUUUGACCCGAUGGAAUGACAACCUAGCCACCCAAAUUAUUAAUGUCAUAUUUAAUUGUAUUCAGAAAUACUCGUGUAAUAUGGAUAUGUGCCAACCUUUUUUCAAAAUCCUAUCAACCUUGGUAGAAACUCCUGUUGGCUCGCCUCAUCAGCAAGGCCUACCAUGUUUCACGCAGCUGAUCCUACCGCGCAUGUGGGAAAUUGCCGACGUUUGUCCACAGUCUGUGCUGGAUUGGUUCACAUUUCAUGUUACCUGUAAUAAAAUAAUCCACUGUUGGGUUUUGCAGUCUGUUUACACUUUCACUGAGCGGUAUCUUAUGGCGCAUAAUAAUCAACGGGUUCGAGCAGCCGCUGCAUAUCUUCUCGUGUGUCUGGUUCCGAACCAGUUGUUCCGGCAGCUGUACCAACGAUCAGUAGCUUCAAACGCAGCCCUCCGAUCGCCCUCUCUCCUUGGAGUGCACCACAAGCAGCAGAUGCAGUUCCAAUCUUUGUCGCAAGAUGCGCUUCUCAUCCUCCAUCAAAUACUCAACUACUUGCUCCGACUGAUGAAACAAGCUCGCAUUUACUCGAACAUAUCCAUGCACGGCCCAUCAAAACUGGUCGCUUAUUUCAGUUUGCUACAGUAUUUCACUAUCUCUCAAACUGAGAAACUGAUGUUUGGACCCUAUUUUCUGGACCUAUGGAAUGUUUUCCACCCUAAACUUUCCGAGCCAGCCAUCCCAAUUCUACACAACAAGCAAAUCUUACUGAACUACUGGUAUCAUGUAUUGCAAGACUGCCCUGAGAAUGUUCAGCUUAUUCUGCAAAACCAAAAUGUCGUGAAAAAUAUCGCUUUCAACUACAUCCUAGCCGAUCACGAAGAUCAGGAAAUCCUUCUCUUCAACCGCAUAAUGUUGCCAGCGUACUAUGGCAUCUUAAAGUUAUGCUGCAUGUAUUCAAAACAAUUCACGAAACAGCUCUUGCAUCACCAAAAUAUAAUCUGGGCAUUCAAGAAUAUACUUCCAUAUCCUCAGCAGUAUCCUUUAGCCUGUGAAGAGCUACUGAACAUAAUGAAGAUCUUCGUCAAGAAGUACCCGGAUCUAAGCGAAGCAAACAGGAGUAGCGAUAGUGAAGAGUCUCCAGCAGAAGGAGAGAAAUCCAAAAGUAGUAACAGUGGGGAAAAAAGUAGUGAACCCAACGUAGAGAGUGUAGAAAUCGAUAAAACAAAAGAUGAAGGGAGCUCCUCUACGGAACCUGCGCAAGAAGAGAAAAGCUCUGAAGAAAGUAAGACUGUAGAAGUUAAGUCGCGCACAGAAGAUGAGAAGGGUGGUAAAAAUGAAGGCCUGAAAAUGUUGAAGCGAGUAGCCGCGGCAGAGGAAAGUGCAGAGACAGACAGCUUUAAACUGUCAACAUUGAAACUACUCAUGACUGUUUUAGACGGACAUCAUUCUUAUUCUACAAUAAUCAACAUUUUUAAUAUCCUACUCGAAAGCGACUUCGACAAAAUCAUCUGUAUCCAAAACAAUGGCUUCAUGCUGCUUUUCGAUUCAUUCCAAACAAUCUUCAGUAUUUAUCAUGACUCUGCUGCAAACUUUCAAAGUGUCUACAUUGACUUACAUCAUGUGCUAUCAUAUAUCCUGGAAUUCAUUCAAUUGUUGAAUGGGUUCACGAAAAAUAAUGUAAAUAAAGUGCGAAGUGUUAUUUCUCAAUACAAAAAUUUUUGUGAAGUCGUAAAAAAACUUUUGCUUCUUCUGAAUACCUUUAAUAACAAUAGCCUGAGAAAUUUAGUUUUUAAAAUUUUGAAAGAAUUUUUAAGGAUCUACCCGCAAGAUUUAUUGCCCGUCAUAAUAUCUCUGCUCACCAAUUGUCACCUCCAGUAUCAAGAGAACCAAUCUGCGACAAAUCUCUUGCAAACAAUGGGACCGUAUUUCCCACGCCGAAGCUGCAAAAUGGUGUCACCUCACCAUCCUUACCACCAUGGACUUCCCAAGAAACCAGUGCGACCAAUGAUCCAAUUAUCUCUGCCACAUAACUUGAUCGAUUGUCCAAAAGGCUGUGAUCCUGAAUACGACGAAGCAUUACUGGAAUUCUAUGCUCCUUAUCAUGAAUUUGUGGACUGUUUGACUCGUAUCGCCAUCAAACACAAGUUCAUUAGUCAAUCCUUAAUAAACUUAAGUUGUAUGGUAGGAUUCGAGGGUGUACCCCUCCAUCUCUGCUACUUCCCGCAGCUAUGGUUAGAGGUCUACCAGCGACAAUCCCAGGAUCUAGAUCCGAAGUACCUGAAUAUGCUGACGAAUUGCAAUUUCUUCGUAGACUAUGUCGAAACCGUCCUCCUUGAUGAGCGAACAUCUUUAAAUCAUGAUCUCAUUUAUCAAUUUUUGACGAGGUUCUUCCCUAAGGUAGCGCAACAAGUUUUAACCGACCAAACAGUCCAAAUGGUCGAAAAACUGUGCCUCUCUCUAAUGGCCAACCGGGCCAACCUUAAUAUCUUGGAUGUUGGGUACAAACUCAAUGGAGACCUCCGAGCCCUGGCUAUCAUCUAUUCGCAUAAUUUGGCGCUUCAGCUGCAGUCGGUGCUCAACAGUUCGCGUUCCACAGGAUACUCGGACGACAGUGAAGAACCAAGCACCAAGUCGUUUGUUCUCACGCCUCCUCCCAAUUUUGCGCAGUUUUUACAGCAGAUGUUGCUGAAAAUAGUAAAGCUCGAGACGGCCAUGCCCUCAUCGCCGAAUGAAUCGACUGAUGAAAGCCCUGUGAAGAAGCGAAAACUCUCCUCCUCCAAAGAUGAUAUUCCGUCUGAUUCUAAAGAUGCUGCCAAAAGUCACGAAAUCUACGAUGCAGAUGACAGGGAUGUGCCAAGCUGCUCAAAGGAUACAGGGACCAAGAAAUCCUUGAAACAUUGCAAAAGUGAGGCAAAGAAGUAUGAGGACCUGGAAGCGCUGAAGAAAACUCUUGGCGACCUAAUGCGAAUCCUCGAGGACAAGAAAAAACUGACGGAGCAGGCAGAGAAUCCUCCCUCCCCAUCCAAUGAUGACGAUGAGGAAGAUGAGGUGAAUGUUGACAUAGAAGUCGAUGUCAGUGUUGACAUUGAUGAGAACGAUGAUGCGAUCGCUGAAGCUGAUAAGGAAACAACAAAUGAAAAGAAAAGCCCUUCAUAGAGUUAAUUUUCUCACUAAUCAGUGGAGUGUGAAGUUUUCUCACUAGUGAGUAACCGUUUUUAGGUAUGUGUAGGGAGCAUCAUUGGAUCGUCAGUAAAAUUUCUGAAGAAGAAUCUAUAUUCAGCUCAAUCUGUACCUUGUUUUUGGAUCACCCAAUACGGCUCAUCUGAGUCUUUACGAACAAAGUGGACUUGAAGAAUUUGGAAGUGUUUUUCCCUCUUGGAGCUUUAUAUUCGUAGGUGUGUCCGAAAGUCGUUUCAUUUCUUUUCUCUCUUGUAUUUGGCUGUCAAGUUAAUUAUUUUAUAUUUUUAAUAAUUUUUUUUAACAAUCGAGGUUUGGCUUCCUUUUGCAGGAAAGAAAGUUUUUGUUAAGUUGUCAAUCGAAUCAACUUAUAGUUUGGUAUUUUUCGAAUUUUUUACUUGAAUUGCAUGGAUUAAAUCAUUUUCGCCCCCCAAUUAAAGCUGAAUUUCUAAUUAAAGGAAACCAUGAAUUCUCUCCCUAGACUAACUGAUUUUUCUAUUUAUAAUGAGCAGUUUUAUUAAGUAAUUAAUGUCUGCUGUGGAGUACAUAUUGAAUAAUUAAGUUGCUGAAGCUCCUUAAUCGAUAAUGGGUAGCUUUUAAUUUUAAGCUGUUUUGACAUUUGUUCAUUGUUUUACGUACUAUAGCUGUGCCGGAAUUUAAUUUUUUGUGUUUAUAGAAUUCACCAGUUUUAAAGACUGUUUCACAAUUUUUACUAGUCAUGUGUUAGUAUUUUGUGGAAUGCACUUAUAUUUUGGAGGAAAUUCAUCGUUUUUAGAGGAGAGCAGAAAUGUCAAAUAUCGGAAAAAUUCAAUCGGAGAACCCAAAUUUAUGUGCGAAUACUUUAAUUUGAGAUAAUUUCCGAUUGCUUGAAAGUGCCGCUCCUGAUAGAGCUCUUAAUGAUUCAAGUAGCUCUGAUAGUAAAUGCUGUCACAGAUUUUUGAUUAAGCAUGCUAGGAAUUAGCAGUAUUUCUUAUUUAAAUGUUAACUGCGUUUUCAAGAGCAUUUGUCAUCUUGUAUAAUCGUGGUUGCUGUGAUGUCCGAAAUAAUUGUGUCAUAUAUUUGAAUUCUAGGUGAGAAUUGAUUAUGCUUCCUUGAAAAAUGCUGAAUAAUGGAACCUGCUGUCUAUUAUGAUCAAAGUCUGUCAUUGCUUAAAUUCUUGUUUGUACUUUUGUUUGUUUAACCAAUGGUUGUAAAAUUUAAUCAAAUAUCCAAAGUCUUAAUCGUUCAUACGAAUCAGGCCAAACUGUGGCCAAGUGAUUUUGUAGUCUAGUGAAACGCUGACUCUAUAAUUAAGGGUUGAAAUAGUUUUAAUAUUUUUUCUUAAUUUGUGAAUUCAUCGUUAUCGGUGAAGAACCUCGUCUUUCCUGUGGAAAAAAAAGAAAAUUUCUCUCUUUUUUUUUAAACUCUUCGUUAAUAAUAUGCUACUUCCUUUUAGAUGAUAUAGGAUUUGAAAGAAAGAAAGAAAAAUAAAUUUUUAAACAACUAAUGUUGCAAAUAGUUUGCCAAUAUCUGUAGAGAUUAUUGUUAAUAACUAAUUUUUUAUUUUUUCUAUUUCCCUCUCUUGCAGCCUGCUAGGAAGAUACCUUUAAGUUUCUCAUAUUGAAAUUUGCCAUAAUUCUGGUCAAUAAUAUGUAUCUGUAAUCUACUUUCGUCUAACUUAGUUUUCCAAUUAACGUUGAUCAGAGCUUAUCAAAUAACUUAAAUCUUGAUGACCAUUUUUCAAAAUCAAACGAAUUGUCAUGAAAGUUGUGUCAUGGAAUCUGCGCAAAACUCAUAUCUGUUUCAUCUUGAAAGCUUGACUUUUUUAAAGUUUUCCUCUGUUGUAAUUUAAAUCCUGUUCUUUUUGGUUUUGUUUUUCCUUCUUUUUUUGUAAAUAAGAUUUUAUUUAUAUCUCUUUCACUAAUCUAUGGUUGAAUGCAAGAGGGCAUAGAUUCUUUUUUCCUACCUGUCGUAAUCAUACAGUUGUAUAGAAAUUCUUUUAAUUUUGUUGAUUGCUUUGAAAUUUUGCAGUUUUUAUGUUUUUUAAGUAGCCUCAGUCUUUAGAAGUUUUAUAUUCCAAAUUAUAUUAUUACCUUAUUGCGUCA